GAAGAAGCUACCUUCGUGGAAAUGCUCGGGAAUUAUUUUUACAGAUUUGGCCAAAAAAACAUUAACGGAGCUUUCACUGAUUUAGCGGUUACUGCAUAUCAUAUGUCUCUGAGUUUAUAUCACCGACAAGAGUUUGCGAAGUUUGUUUCGAUUUGAAGAUCAGAUGGCGGAAGGAGGUCCACAGUCGCGUUAUGUGAAGCUGACUAAAGAUCAAGCGCCUUUGGAAGACAUUAAGCCUGGAGAACUCAAUCAGCCCAUUGAUGUUCCUCAGUUGAAUGUUCACAAGUGCAAUGAAUGUGGGCAACCUUUACCAGAAAGCUAUGAGCCUCCGGCAAAUGAACCUUGGACAACUGGGAUUUUUGGAUGUACUGAAGAUACAGAAAGUUGCUGGACAGGAGUUUUUUGCCCAUGUGUUUUGUUUGGACGUAAUGUUGAAACAUUGAAAGAAGAUAUCCCCUGGACCACACCAUGCAUUUGCCAUGCCAUUUUUGUUGAAGGUGGCAUUGCAGUUGCAGCAGCAGUGGCAGCAUUCCAUGGCAUUGACCCAAGGACAUCAUUUCUUAUUUGUGAGGGUUUAUUAUUUAGCUGGUGGAUGUGUGGCAUAUAUACAGGUCUCUUUCGGCAGUCUUUACAAAAGAAAUAUCAUCUUAAGAACUCGCCAUGUGAUCCAUGCAUGGUGCACUGCUGCAUGCACUGGUGUGCCUUGUGCCAGGAGCACAGGGAGAUGAAGGGACGUCUCUCCGAUGAUGUUGUCAUGCCAAUGACUAUUGUCAACCCUCCCCCUGUUCAAGAAAUGAGCUCUGCCGGCAACAACCAGGAUUCUGCACCAUCCUCUGCAAAUGGUGCUGAGCACACUAAUUUGGAGAUGCAACCGUUAUAGGAUCCACCGUUUCUCGUACAAAAUAAAUAUUAUAUGAUAUACUUCUGAGAGAGGGUGCAUGUUUGACUUCUUUCAUUCCUCAUGUUUUUAUUUUUUUUGAUAAUUUUGGUUUUCCCCGGUAAUGAUGUUUUUGAGAAGUUCUGAACCGCAUUAUACCGUGAACUCUUUGAUCCUCAGAAUCAGAAACCUCACUCCCCUAUGAAGGGAAAUUUAUUUUUAUAAAUGUAGCGACGAAUUGGUGCUGUUA